AUGUCCACGUCCAGCAGGCACAUCAUCAAGGAGGCAGGCGGCUCCGCCGUCUUCUCCAACGUCGUCGUCACAGGCAACCUCGUCUACCUCGCCGGUGUCAUCGGGCAGAAGGACGGCAAGCUCGUUCCCGGCGGCAUCGAGGCUGAGACCCCCGUCGCCUUCGACAUUGCCAAGGAGCGUCUGGCGACCGUGGGCCUCGACCUGUCUGACGUCGUCAACGUUACCAUCUACCUCAACGACUACAAGAACAACCUCGCUGGCCUGAACAAGGUCUACCCUGCCAUCUUCCCCGACGGCCUCCCAGCUCGUACUGCUAUCGGCGUCGCUGCGCUCCCCAUGGAUGCUGCCGCCGAGUUCCAGAUUGUUGCCUCCAAGCGGUCGUAG